GGAAAACCAGAGAACCAUCGCGUGAACCGAAAGCCUCACUGGUUUUUGACCACCGCCUCUCUCUUCUCUCUCUCUCUCUCUCUCUCUCUCUUUUGGAAUCAGAUUCUUGAAAGAUCGAAACCCUAAUCGUAGCCCUAACUACGACAUGUCUUACCAACCGAGAUCUUCAAAUCACAGCGAAAACGACGACCACCACGACAACCGUCGGCUAUACAACCCUUACCAAGAUCUUAGAGUCCCCGCACAAACCCUGUACAAACUUCCGACAUCUCCUGAAUACCUCUUUCAAGAGGAAUCCAUCGCUCAACGGCGUUCAUGGGGCGAGAACCUGACAUACUACACCGGCAUCGGUUACCUCAGCGGCGCUGUAGUUGGCGCCGGGAAGGGUUUAGUAGAGGGCGUGAAGGCUUCUGAGGCUGGAGACACCAUGAAACUUAGGGUUAAUCGGAUCUUAAAUGCUUCUGGACAUGCAGGUCGGACGAUCGGCAACCGUGCGGGUGUAAUCGGACUGUUGUACGCUGGUAUGGAGAGCGGGAUGGUUAAGGCUAGGGAUGCAGAUGAUAUUAUUAACAGUGUGGUGGCUGGAUUAGCGACUGGAGCGCUUUACAAGGCGGCGGCGGGGCCUAGGUCGGCGGCUGUUGCCGGAGCUAUUGGUGGAAUAGCGGUGGGAUUAGCCGUGACGGGGAAGCAGGUUUUGAAGAGAUACGUACCAAUCUGAGCUCGAUCUGUAUUCAAUUUCAUCUUACUACAAGUUUUGGUCUUUUGAGAUUUCCAAAGGUUUCUGUGGCUUGAUUGGUUGAUGAAUAUUUGUUCAGAGAACAAGUUUUAUGCUGAGAAAAUACAUUGGAUUGUCGUCAAUGGAAGCAGUCUCUUCGAGUCUGCUUGCAUCUUAUCUCCUAUGGGACUUGGGUAAUGUUGUUAUAGAUACAAUCAUAAAACUACUCCCUAUAUUGUGUAGUGUAUGGUGAUUUGUGAUAAAGAUGGUUAUCAUUCAAUUAUUUUUUGUAUUCAUGUUUUGCUUAUUUCA